CGCCGUUGAACAUCGAUGAUUCUAAUCACUUUUUAAACAUCGAUGUUUCUUCACCUUUAAAGUGCAAUAUUUGGGUCAAUAUAAAAGAAAACAUAAUGUUUUUGCAUAACACAAAACUGUGCAGGCUAGCAGGCAACCUGGCGACCAGCAUUCGCCACCUGAGCGGCCAGAGGCCUAAGACUGCAAUCCUCAUGCUUAACAUGGGCGGGCCAACUCACACGGACCAGGUGCACGAUUACCUGCUCCGCAUCAUGACGGACCGGGACAUGAUACAGCUGCCUGUACAGAGUCGGCUUGGACCUUGGAUCGCCCAGCGUCGGACGCCGGAGGUGCAGAAGAAGUACAAAGAGAUCGGCGGCGGGUCGCCGAUCCUCAAGUGGACAGAGCUGCAGGGCCAGCUCAUGUGCGAGCAGCUGGACAGGAUCUCACCGGAGACCGGACCGCACAAGCACUACGUGGGCUUCCGUUAUGUGAAUCCGCUCACCGAAAACACACUCGCCGAGAUUGAAAGCGACAAUCCAGAGCGCAUAGUUCUCUUCUCGCAAUAUCCACAGUACAGCUGCGCCACCUCGGGCUCCAGCUUCAACUCCAUCUUCACGCACUACCGCAACAAUAACCUGCCCUCUGACACCAAAUGGAGCAUCAUCGACCGGUGGGGCACUCAUCCUCUACUGAUUAAAACCUUUGCCCAGCGCAUCCGGGAUGAACUGGCCAAAUUUGUGGAAACGAAGCGUAACGAUGUGGUCAUCCUUUUCACCGCCCACUCCCUCCCUCUGAAGGCUGUAAGCCGGGGCGACGCCUAUCCUUCGGAGAUCGGGGCCAGCGUGCACAUGGUGAUGCAGGAACUGGGCCAGACGAAUCCCUACAGCCUGGCCUGGCAGUCCAAAGUCGGCCCGCUACCCUGGCUGGCACCUGCGACCGAUGAUGCCAUUAAGGGAUACGUCAAGCAAGGCUUAAAGAACUUCAUCCUGGUGCCCAUCGCCUUUGUAAACGAGCACAUAGAAACCCUCCAUGAGCUGGAUAUCGAGUACUGCGACGAACUGGCCAAGGAGGUAGGCGUAGAGGAGAUUCGCCGCGCAGCGGCCCCCAACGACCACCCACUGUUCAUCGACGCCCUAAGCAACAUAGUGGCGGAGCACCUAAAGUCCCAACAGUCAGUCAACCCCAAGUUCCUUAUGCGGUGCCCGAUGUGCUCCAAUCCAAAGUGCAGGGAAAGUAAGAGCUGGUAUCGGCAGCUCUGUUCAACUUAGACAGCCGACGUAAUACGCUGGCUAGCGUCGUGCUCCUCCUGGGAGCGAACAAUUUUGCAUUCAUCUGGGAUUCUUGGGGAAUGGUUUUCACACACUGCUUUAUAUUUAUAGCGCUAAAAAUAAAAUGAAACAGGCACUGCAGAACAGUCAAAA